GUAUCCUAUACGAGUAUUCAUGUCUCACACGGGCAUCGUUACUUCAAAUGAGAUUCAACUUCAACUAGUUACUCGUCUGGCUGGAACUUAAAGGAAGGAACUUUGUCCGCGGGAUAAAUAUUUUCAGGGUACCUUAAAGAUAUUGGAAAAACCACAACCAGGUAUAGUCAGAUAGUGUGUUUUUUUAUUAUUUGAUAACAAGAUAUUAUUACCUGUCUGAACAGACCCCACUCCACUACAUAAUUAUGUAACUUUCUUAAUCCAACUCUAACUUACUUUUACUGUGAGUUAAUAUUAGAGUCAGACCAAGAUAAUUAAUAAUUAGAUUAAUUGUAGGUACAUAAUAAAAUAAUAAAUGUAUUGUAAAUUAAACCUAGUCCCACAGACCACUGACCGGUAUUCGAUUUUUUUUUAAUAUUUCAUACUCUUUAUUAUAUUGUUAAACUAGUCAGAUGAAAAAGCCAGAUACUUACAUAGAUGGUGAACUGAUCAAUAGGGGAUUGGCCUGGCUAGAGUGGCUGAUCAAAUCCAAAGUUUUGAUUCACGACAUUCACGUUGUGUUCUAUGAAGCUUUUAAGCAAUGAAUUUGAAUGAUACGUACAUAGGUAACAUUAUUUUUUGAAUUAGAUUUGUUAUGUUUUAUUUUAAACAAUUUUUUUUUGUCUCCAGCGCAAGGGAAAAACUAAUAGCUGUAAUUAGUAUUUCCCUUGCGCUGGAGAGGAAAAUUUUGUUUCACUCGGCAAGGUUUCUUCACUUCCCGUGCUUCUAAACCCUCGCUAAAGGCUCAUUUACACGGUGCGAGAACUCGCAUGCGAGUUUCUUUACAUUGCGGUAUUUGAUCGGUCGCCGAAUUAGUUGUAACCUCAAUAGUCCGCAAUGUAACUAAAAUCGCAUGCGAGUUCGCGUGCCGUCUAAAUCGGCCCUAAGUAUGGUGGAAUAGUUACGAAUGAUGGGUCAAUUUUAGAAUUUUGCACUGAUUAUCUGUUUGAAAACUCUUAAAAAAGUAUAUAAUUUCUGAGAGCUGUUUAUGUUAAUUACUUAUGAUCUAUUGACAUUACUGAAUUGUAAUUACUUAUAAAAAUGUUGUCGUACUUCUACAACCUCGGGCCAAAAAUACAAGUGAUGGGUCGCGUCUGUAAAUGUUCGUUGGUAGACCGGCGGUAUGGCGCGAGGUGCGCCCACCCUGGCAGUUAUAUAGCGCUAUAUAACAUACAAGUGAUGGAUCUACACAGUAGUAGUAGUAGUAGUACCUAUACGACCUACUCUACAUAUACUAUAUGUAGAGCAGGUCGGGACUCCUUUGACCUACGUGCAAUACUCGGAGUGAAUUGUAUGAUAUUGUAAAAUACAGUGUAUACUCGUGUUUAACUACGAAGUUAAGGGUAUUUAAUGUAACUAACAAUAUAACACGCAUACACUUAAUUGAGCUGAAAUUAAAUAAACGGAUGCUAUUUAGCUUCAGAAUGUCUCGGAUUACUUGACCUCGGCCAGGCAAAGGUUGGGAUAGCGGUAUCAAUAUUGGUUUUCCCUUGAGUACCCUUUCAGUGCCGUCCAAUACAGUUGUGCGGUUUGUGACAUUUAUAUUCAAUUUUCACAUUUCAUGUUAAGUAAAAAAGUCGUAAGUCUCGAUUGUUCGGCCUGGAAGGGGUAAGCCCAGAGCUAACCAUAGGCCCAGUAAGUCCAGAGGUCAUGUUUCCCGGAAAAAUCUUAAUACAGCCAACUAUAAAUGUUUAAGCACAGUAUAGCGAUAUCAACAACGGAACAAAAUUCCUUGCAAGUAAACCUAGGAAAUACAUACAGAGUUUGGACAAAUGGACAUUAAGUAUAUUAGAAUCGUAGCGCGCCAUCGCAAAAAUCCGCGGCUGUGAACAACUCUUCUUAAAUAAUAGUGUACCCAAUUAUUGUGAGUAGUUAAGAAAAGUUAAUCGCUUUCAGUUUUGUAACGACAAAUUAAGUAUGGAUUGGGAAACAACUCUUUGUCUUUUUUUGGGUUUAAUGAUUUUAUUACUCAUAAAGAACAAAAGUUCACUUACAAUGAGCUUAAACUAUAAACAAUUUCAUGCGUGGAUUACAAUUCCAUCCAGCUAGUCGAUGAUACUUAAUAUACAUUGUCACUGAUAUAUUUCUUCACCUUAUUAAACAUUUUUAACGAUGUGCAAUGUUUCACUUCACUAGGUAAGUUAUUGUACAUGUAUGUAUGCUCCAUCGGAAGCUUUUGCCAUAUCCUGUUCUGUGCUUAAUAGUAUAAUCGGAAUAAGACAAACCUCGAAAUUUCUGAAAUAGUCCUCAAAUUAGGUAUGUAUGUAAAUUAAAGGCCCCUUUUUCAUGUCCACACCAUUUGACCAUACCAGUGUUAUUCGUUAAGUUUAUAAUAAGCGUUUUUUAAUAAAGCUUCUUUCAUUCUAUCUAUCGCCGUGACAGCCUUCAUGUGGUGGGUUCCGUCUAUCAGGGUGUUGACAAGUUCCGCUACCUCGGAUGUACAGUCACCGAUACAAACACCCGGGAGGAGGAAAUUGCACUGCGUAUUCAAAACGCACUACGAUGUAGUGCAGCCCUCCAUAAAGUGUUGGUGUCCAGGCUUCUCAGUAAGAAUACAAAACUAAGAAUCUAUAAAACCGUCAUUCGGCCUAUUCUCAUGUACGGCUGUGAGGCCUGGACACUAACUCAAAAAGAGGAAAGUCAGCUCCUGAUAGCGGAAAGAAAAGUGCUCAGAAAGAUCCUGGGACCUGUCCGAAGUGACGACGGCUCCUGGAGGAUCCGGAAAAAUGCCGAGAUCGAAGAGUUGGUGGCUGAGCCCAAUAUCAUCGGCGUAACUAAAUCCCACAGACUUCGCUGGCUCGGUCACCUACUCAGAAUGGGGGAGGAUCGCGUAGUCAAGGAAGCGUACUUGGGGCGACCAACCGGCCGUCGACCGAUCGGGCGCCCCAGGUACCGCUGGUGUGAUGUCGUGGAGGCGGACCUGCGUCGGCAGAAUGCCAAUUCAUGGCAGGAAACCGCGCUGGAUCGGGACAGGUGUCAUUCUCUCGUUUCGGAGGCCAAGAUUCUUUUUGGAUCGCUGAGCCAAAGCAGUUAGUUCGUUAGUCAUUCUAUCUAUUCCAUUAUAUGUUGCCAAGAUGAAACCAUAAGGCUCGCAGAGUCAAAAAGUUAUCAAAUUUCUUGUAGAGCCAAGCUUCUAACUCUACAAGUCCUAACUUCACAAACUACACCUUAGUCAAAAGUCAAAAUAUGUGGCUUGGCCGUUUCGAGCGAGCGUGCGACCCUAAGGGCUCAUUUAGACGGCACGCAAACUCGCAUGCGAUUUUAGUUUCAUUGCGGACUAUUGAGGUUAUAUCCAAUUCAGCCGACCGAUCAAAUACCGCAAUGUAAUUAAACUCGAUUGCGAGUUCUCGCACCGUCUAAAUGAGCCCUUAUUGACUUAGUCUUGGCAACAUUUAACAUGAAAAUGUUUUUUAGUGGGAUUAGAUUUUCUUAACAACUCACGCUAAUUGGCUGCACUAUUUUCUGAAAACUCCCAUAAGUCAAAUAAUACUUACUAAAUAAAUAUACGGAACCUCUUAGUGCCCAAAUGUGAUUCAGACACCGUAUCUAUAUAUGUCGCACUUCUUGGUGAAUAGCACAUGUACUAAAACUAAAUAAUAUAAAAAUAAGAAAAUGCUGUGACAAGUGACAGGUGUCAUUCAGCCGUGAUAGCAGCUCGGAGGACGCGCGAUGUUUAUAUCAGCGUGCAGCGAGAGUCACCGGCCCGCGGCGUGAGCCGAGUAUGUCGGGAGCCAACUGGGCGCCGGCGGCGUUGCUGCUGCUGCUGGCCGCCGCCGCCGCCGCCGACGAGCCGCUGGAGGACGAGGUCGAGAGUGCACCGUUUGCGAUAGUGGUGGAGCACGAGGACGGGUGGCGCUGCGGCGGCGCGCUGGUGUCGCUGCGCGCGGCGCUGAGCACGGCGACGUGCGCGCGCGGCCGCGGCGCGCCGCCCGUCGACCUGUGGGCGCGCGCGCCCGGCGCCAUAACUGCGGAAGGCGCGCGACGCGUCGCUCGCGUCGCGCUCGCUACCGACUCGCAGGGUUCAUCCGAGAACGAGAAGUGGACAGAAGAGGCGUGGAUCGGCGUCGUCCUGGACAUGGCGCUGCUGGAGCUGGAGGCGCCGUUCGGCGCGGCGGCGGGCGCGCGGCCCAUCCUCAUGGCGGCCGGCGAGGAGUGCGAGCCGCGCGGCACCGCGCCCGUCUGCCACGUGGUGCGCACGCCCGCGCGCGCCGGCGGCCCGCUGCGCGUCGGCAAUGCCGAGCGCACCUCGCCCAUGGUCUGCGCCACCGUGGCUCCGCACUGGGCUGCCAUAUCCGACACGGCGCUUUGUCUCGUUGGGCCAGAGUUCUGCCAGAGCGACUGGGGCGUAGGCGUGGUGUGCGCGGGCAAACUGUGCGGCGUGCUGUCGCGGUCGGCGCGUAGCCCGGGUGAGAGCGGCGAAAACAGCAGCGAGGGCGGCGGCGGCGGCGGCGGCAACCCAGGCUGCGGCGACACGCACGCAGCGCUGCACGUGCCGCGCUGGCAGCAGUUCGUGCACUGCGCGCAGACGCGGCGCCGCUGUGGUCGCGAUAGUUGCGCCUCGGUGUGCAGCGAGCGCAUGCUGCUGGAGGCGCCGGUCAAGGAGCCGCGCCGCGGAGGAGACGAAGGGGGCCUGGCGCGGCGGGACGGUAAGCAUCGUCCGCGCCACCGCACCACCACCAGCACGACGGAAGUUUCAGAUGACUACACGAAAAUGAGAGUAACGACGUACAGCACACCGCGGUCUCGCAGCGUACCGGAGAGCGAGUGGCCCACCAUCCAGUACACCUGGCGGCGCGCGGACGCGGACGUGCGCGCCAGCGCCGUGCCCACGCGCACCUCGACGUCGCCGCCGUCUCCGCCACUGCCGUCGCCGAGCGUGCACCUCAAUGCCUCCACAAUGGGCAGCAGGAUGGCGCAGUUCGAGUUUGAACCCUACCGGGCUGAUUUCAAGAUCGGCGAGUACAGCGACAACGAGGCGAGCUACGACGCGGGCGGGGGCGAGGAGCCGACGCGCACGUCCUCGUCGUCGUCCGAAGCGCCCACGUCGCGCGUGCCCGAGGCGCUGCAGGAGGACGAUCCGCCGGACGAUGCGAACGCGACGGCCCAGCUCGUUGAGCUUGACAGCGGCGUUGCCCGACAAUUUUCGGCUACAACAUUCCAAAUUUGUUUACGUCAUUUUUAUGUAAUUUUGAUUUUAGCACGAAUAUUUAUAAAUGAUUAUUAAACUUUUAAUUAAGUACGGUAAA